UUCUUUUUGCUAAUCGAUGUCAGUACAUUGGCCCUUCAGCCCCCGUGAAGGCUUUGUUGUGCUGUGAUCGCUGCUUUGACCGCAAUUCGAGUGGCAUUUUAUAGUGGAUUCAGGAAAAUACAGCCACCUACAAUAUGUUGUAGAUGCGUACAACAGGCACACACUUUGUGUUGUGCAGGUCACUGACAGGAGACCCAGUGGGAAUGGAUGGAUUUUGUUUGAAGCUUCUUGAGGCAGUGUGUUUGGGGACCAGCCUUGCCGUCUCUGGUGUCUGCUACUAUUUGUACAGGAAGAACCGGAAAUCAGUAGACAAACUUGAUGAUGCUCCACAUCUCGUCCUUGACAAACACCUCAAGGACAUCUUGAACGUCACUCCAGGAGCCUGUCUACAGUAUGUUGUCAUUGAAGGUGCAGUGCAGCCAGUGGAUCAGUCUCUAACGAGCCCCUUCCAAAAAGAGGCCGUGGGAGUGCUGCAGAAGUUCAUGUUGACAGAAUACAGGCUGGUGUGGAACAGCCUUUCACGCUCUUGGAUUGACAGUCAGCAAGUUGUUCACCAAAGAGUUAACACUGUGCCCUUCGUGUUACUGGGGUCGGAUGACACCACAGUCAAAGUGCUGUGCCCUCUGCAGGCCUCCGGAUUGCACAUGGAGACUACUUACGAGAAGUUUCACCAGGUCAACCAUGGCUUUACUGACACUGUACUAGAAUAUAUUGGUGGACAGAAGACUAAAGGGCAACUUGAGACUGAGGAAAUGCUUAAGGUGGGUGCAGCUCUCACUGGUGUGGGAGAGCUGAUACUUGACACUGAUGGCAGCUUGAGUCUUCGACCUCCUUCGAAUGGUUCAGAGUACUUCUUAAGCAUCACAGGCUUCGAUACCCUGCGAGGAGAUCAGGACAGCAGGGCUGGCUGGUGGAGGGUGCUGGCCAUCGGCUUCGCGUUAGCCGGGUCACUGGUCCUCCUGUGGGUGGGCCGACGCUACUACUGUCACCUACGGGCGCGCUGGGAGCGAGAGCAGGAAAGGAGAGAGUUCGAGAGACUGCAGGCUGAAGCCUCAAGAACUGGCAGUGCUGAGGCCCAUCAAGAUGGGGGUCAUUUGGAGAACGUGUGCGUGAUUUGCCUCAGUCAGCCACGUAACUGUAUUCUGUUGGACUGCGGACACGUCUGCUGCUGCUACAGCUGCUACCAGGCCCUCCCCCAGCAUCUAUGCCCCAUUUGUAGACAGAACAUCACCAGGGUUGUGCCACUCUACCACACCUAAACACCUGCGAGGCCUGUCACCUCCAUCACCACACACACACUACUAUUCUGGUACUGGUUUGAAUUGCAGCACUUACGCACAUUAAUGGAUGACAUCAACUCUUUAGGACAAAAAAGCUAUUUAUAUUGUAAACAAAAAAAGUUAAUAAAAAAAAAAUGUAUAGAUUCAUACAUCAAUUACAAUAAUGAAUGAAUACUGUUGACUGCUAGGUUGAAUUCAGUAUUCAUUGCCUCAGUGUGUAAGAAUAUUAGGUUUUUGAAACGACUGUAAAUGCUUUAGAGAUUUGUUUGUUCUGUGCCUUAUUUUGCAAGCUAGUAUGACUACUGUUGUCUUUGAGUGGACUGUAUGCAGGCAUGUAGAUUUUUUAUCAGUUUACAUGCAAGUGUGUGAAACAAACCUCUUUUUACACAUUGCGCUUUGUUGUGGUGUAGCUGAUGCACCACAGAGUGAAUGUAAAUGAUUCCCAUUAUAAAAUGAAUGAAUAGUUCUUAUUACUGGA